AACGCUUCCGGGAUUUCUAUCUUUUUGACUCGUGGAUUGUGUAAUUUUCAGAUUCUAUCUUUUAAUUUUUUUUAUUCUUUUCCGUUCAGAUUAUAACGCUUUCGUAAUUUUUAUCUUUUCGACUCGUGGAUCAUAUAAUUUAUCAGAUUCUAUCUUUUUUUAUUAAUAAUUAUUUUUCGUUCAAAUUAUAACGCUUCUGCAAUUUCUAACUUUUCGACUCGUGGAUCGUACAAUUUAUCAGAUUCUGUAUCGGAUUGGGGCAAGGUGAAAUCCACACCUCUUACAUAUUCUUCUUCUAGAAAAAUAAACAAGACAAGAACAAAAAUAAGAGUGUGAUGACUUUAGUUGCUCAAAAAAAGAGAGUGAUGACUCUUUGGGUCAUCUAGAUAAGAGUGAGGUCUAAAACAAAGGUUUGUUUGCCUAUAUCGAGUAAUGGGCUUAUGUAGAGGCCCAUUGAGUGUUUUAUAGAGCCCAAAGAAAAAGCGGCGCCAUGCAUAAGGAGCCUGGAGCCACUUGGGCGAAGGGGAUAAGCGUUAACCGUAACAGCCAGGUCAGCAUCGACAGCAGUUAGGUGUUGAGAAGUCCUGUUCCUGUCGGACCCGCUGUGUCGCAAUUAAAAAGCCGAAGAGUCUACCACGAAUAUGCUUUCUUCUUCUCUUUCAUUUAUUCCUUUCUUCCUUCAUUAGAUCCUUAGUAUCUCUGCUUUACUCUUUUGAGUCAUCCGAUCAUGGAGUUUUUCCUGGAGAUGCUUCUCACGGCGGUUGUGGCUGUUCUGUUUUCUUUCCUCGUGGCCAAGCUCGUGUCUGUGUCUAUGGUUGGGAACAGCGGUGGAGUAGUAAACGAUCAGGCGGAGGAAACCGAGAUCGGCGUUGUUGCCGUGGAGGAGGAGCUUUGUUCUGGUUUGAAAGUGGAUGCUCCGGUGGUGCAGAGCGAGAGGAGACUCGGAGCUGUUGUUGUUGAUGAGAAUGUGGAGCGUGUUGAUCGGUUUGGAAGCGAAGCUGAUCGAGUUGUUGAUGAGGUCAAGGAAGGGACUAAAGGGGAAGACUGGGUGGUUACAUCUGAUGAGUCAUCGGCGGCUGGCUCGCCGGAAAAUGUGAUAGCAGAGGAGAUGAUGGUUUGUGGAGAAGAUAAACAGAGAGACGCGGCGGAAGAGUUUAAUGUUCGGACGGUGGGAGCUGAGUCCACUGCUUCUGUCUCGUUGGAAAACGUGAGAGCAGAGGAGAUAAUGAUUGAUGGAGAAGAGGUGAGAAGUGAAGAAGACGUAAUAAGUGGAGAACUCGUAGUCGCAGAAUCUGAGGAUGUUAGAGUUGAAGAAAGUAAUACAGUGGAGGAGAGUGAGAAUAAGAUGGAGUUUAAUACUAAAGAAGGAGAUAAAGAAGAGAAAAAGGAGUUGAGCAUUGAAGAAGAAGAGGAUGAUGAUUGGGAAGGAAUCGAGAGGAGUGAACUGGAGAAAGCCUUUGCGGCUACUUCAAGUCUUUUGGAAGUAUCCGGGAAAGCAGAAGAAGUUGGUGACGAGGUUAAGAUGGAGUUGUACGGUUUGUACAUGAUCGCCACUGAAGGGUCAUGCCGAGAGACGCAGCCUAUGGCCAUCAUGGUCUCUGCUCGUGCUAAAUGGAAUGCCUGGCAAAAACUUGGAAACAUGAGUCAAGAGGAGGCAAUGGAGAAGUAUCUUGCACUUGUUUCAAAAGAGAUUCCUGGACUGAUGAAUACUGUAGGGAAGAUACCGGUCUUACCUCCUAAUUCAGGAUCAUUAGAAGAUCCGACCACCUUAGGCACAACUGGUGUUGCUUUCAGCAAAAAUGGUAAAACUAAUUAGUAAAUAAUGUAUUUGCGUCAGCGAUUUAUUGUAUCUUUCUUUCCAACAUCUAGUUAUCUAAUCCUUUUUCUAGCUUCAAGAUAACUUAGUAUAAGAAAUAGUUUCAGCUGAAAGGUGAAUCCAUUGUUUAAGCAGGCAAGGAUUGAAGAAGGCUCUUUGGGAAUACAAAGGCAAUCUAUUCUUGCAUAAAAAAAUGGGACCUAAAAAAAUCUAUGUUUCUCAAAGAUAAUCAUAAAUGCUGAAAUAGACCAUUUGAUGCAACUUGGUUUGGCUAGUGUUCUAAAUAAUUCGUUAUCAUCAUCACCCAUUGUUCUAAUAGGAGUUGCAGCAAACAAAAACAUUUAAAAAAAAAAUCUAUUCGUGUUUGUGUGAA